UUUUUAAGUUAGUAAGCUAAAUACGUCAUUAAACCACACAAAGAUCUCUGGACGUCAGUUUUGACUUCAUCAUUCACCGAAAAUGUCGAAAAAACAGAUUUUUUACUCUGACAAGUACAACGACGAGGAGUUCGAGUACAGACAUGUCGUGCUUCCAAAGCAGCUGUCUGAGCUGGUGCCAUCCUCCCACCUGAUGGCAGAAGAAGAGUGGAGGGGACCCGGGGUGCAGCAGAGCCAGGGCUGGAUUCACUACAUGAUUCACAAACCGGAGCCACACAUACUGCUUUUCAGAAGACCUCUCCCGAAGGAUUAAAUGGGACUACAUCUGCUGGCAUUUUGCUGAUUUUGGAAGCUACAUCUCUCCUGCACACAUCUCCACAUACGUUCUAAUGUAUUGUUUAGAAACUA